GCGCUUUUACAACUAUAAGCUGCCCAUCUGCCUACGUCUUUACCUGGUUCUCCCGAUCGUUAUUUAGAUCUUCUUUGUCAACUUUGUAGAAGUAUGAAAGAUAAUGAUCAUCUUCUGCGGGUUUGUCCUCUCAGGCGGGCAACAUGGGCCACAGCUGCUAAUCACUUUUCUUUUGUUGCCUUCAACUCACUCUAUACAGUCACUCUGGCGGUGACCCACUCCUUCCUUGCAGAAAUACCCUGAUCCUGCAUGCUGAAACCAAAAUAUCAUUACAUGUAUCAUAUUAGUUAUCUGGUGCUAUCAUUACACUGUACCUUUGAUUACCACGCUCUCUGGCCCGACGAAGCUGCCGUGCGAGUGACACAACACAUAAAAAGGAUUCAUGCAGAGAAUGCCAGUCUUCAGAAACUUCGGUCGUCUUCUGAGACAUAGACAAUAUUUUCCACUAGCUUGCAUUUCGCUUGAUGUCUC